UACCAGUGUGGGAGGUGCACACUUUUGGAAUCAGACUUCUGACCAUGUUUUUCCUCACUCCAGUCUUGGUAGCCAUUGUCUGCAUCUUGAUUGUGUGGAUCUUUAAAAAUGCUGAUAAGAGUCUAGAGAGAAAGAAGAAAGAGGCUGGAGCUCGUCCCUGGGUGGGUGAAGACUUAAAAGACAUCACUGACCUCCACCAAGUGGAAGAAGAAGAUGCUGAUGAAUGGCAAGAGUCAGAGGAGAGUGUGGAACACAUCCCAUUCUCCCACAUCAGGUAUCCGGAGCAGGAAAUGAAGAAGAGAUCUCGGGAAUUCUAUGAGAUGCUCAAUAAGAGACGGUCGGUCAGGUUCAUAAGCAACGAACAAGUUCCAAUGGAAGUCAUCGACAAUGUCAUCAAAGCAGCAGGAACAGCUCCAAGUGGUGCCCACACAGAGCCUUGGACCUUUGUGGUGGUGAAAGACCCAGACGUGAAGCAUAAAAUCCGGGAGAUUAUUGAGGAGGAAGAGGAGAUAAACUAUACAAAAAGAAUGGGUCACCGAUGGGUCACAGACCUGAAGAAACUGAGAACCAAUUGGAUUAAGGAAUACUUGGACACUGCCCCUGUUCUAAUUCUCAUUUUCAAACAAGUCCAUGGUUUUGCUGCAGAUGGCAAGAAAAAGGUUCACUAUUACAACGAGAUCAGCGUGUCCAUCGCGUGUGGCAUCCUGCUGGCCGCACUGCAGAAUGCAGGUCUGGUGACAGUCACCACCACUCCUCUCAACUGUGGCCCUCGUCUGAGGGUGCUCCUGGGCCGCCCCUCAAAUGAAAAGCUCCUGAUACUGCUUCCUGUGGGAUACCCCAGCCAAGAGGCCACAGUGCCCAACCUCAAGCGGAAAGCUCUGGACCAGAUCAUGGUGAUGGUGUAGUCAGGUGCUCACCAAGGAGACCUGGGACAACAUGUACAGGACAUGUACAGGAUGAGGUGCAUGGCCCAGAGGUGGUUGAAGCUAGCUUGCACUAGCACAUGGAAGCUGGUGUUUAAAUAUACUGGAAUUAUCCAAUGAGUUAUUUAACUAUUUGUAGCUUGAAAUGGCCCAGGGUGAAAGUAUUUACACCACAGUAGUUGGUAACAAUAACAAGCCAGUUUCAGUUUCUUAAAGAUACUGUUCACCACACAUAGCACCUCCUUCUUACUUCACCGCAUGAAAUACACUUAGCCUUUCUUUAGAUGACAGCAAAGCUGUUUGGAACUCCCUGAGCCAUAGGCAAAUAUCACACCUAGUCUUUCACCCAUCCCCUCCUAUCUGCUCUCCUAGGGGCCUUGUAUACACAGUUUUAUUCUUGUAGUUCAAGUAAUUCUUUAUCUAGCAAGUCGCCAUUGCUUCCUCCCCCUCCUCCUCCUCUUUCUUCUCCUCCCCAUCGUCCUCUCUUCCCCUUAUCCUCUUCAUCCUCCUCUUUCUCCUGCUUUUCUUCUUUGAACCUCAGCUGUGUCAUUGGUAAGAGAAAGAGCUGGUGCAGCCCUGUGUCAGAGAGAAGUAAAGCCUUUCUUUGCUCUAAAAUAUAAUUAAACAUUACAGGAACCAGCACCUUCAAACUUUGACAUUCUUUGAAAUAUCUAGAAGCAUUUUCUGUAAUCCCUCAAAUCUAUACAUAUCUUCAGUUUUCUCUACAUGCACUUUCUCUCACCUCUAUACAUUUUGACAGACUUUGUUACUAACAUUUAUUUAAAUUCUUAAAGAUGGUAGUAUUGUGAUGUGUGCCCUGCUUGCGUUUAUUGAAAUGAGCUCUGUUUUAACAGUACUGGGCGUUAGUAGAUUCACGUGGGCUGGAAUUAUUGUACAAUUAUUGUACACCACAUUGUUUUAUUGGAACAAGAUGUUCUGAGUUUCAAGUAUCAGAGUAAUAAACACACUUUGCCAUCACAAUGUAAAUAAAUUACAUUUUUAAAC